GAGCAGUCUGUUUGGUGAAUUCCAUGUGCUGGCUAAAGAUUGUGACGGCGAUAAGAGCUGUUCAAAUUCAGUGAGGCAUCGGAUUAAAACUGUCAAUAUCUCAACCGUUCUCUAUUUUUUCUCUAAAAUUCUCGGUAAAUUUUGCUCUUUCAAAUAGGUGUCGAGGAUGUUCCUUCAAAAAGAAGAUGGUCACGUUAAACUAAGCUGCCUGGUCUAAAUGCAACAAGUAAUGGCGUCAAGCGGAGGAAGCUACCACGAGAUAAAACAUUCUCUGCUCAAGAAGAAGAAGCUUUUUCAUGACCUUGACUUCCCCGCCGAAGAUGUGUCAAUAGGGAGAGAUAUUGGAAAUGUAGUGUGGAAAAGACCAGCUGAAAUUCUCAAAGGCCAGCGAAGUUCUCUGAAGCCACUUUUCAUUCGGAAUGGAGCGACCAGGGCAGAUUUUGAUCAGGGUCAACUGAGUGACUGUUGGUUCAUCGCCGCAUCCGCCUGUCUGGCGGUCAGCAACAGGAACCUUUUCUACAAUGUGAUACAGCCAAAGGGACAGUCAUUCAAAGAUGGCGAAUAUGCUGGGAUCUUCCGAUUUCGGUUUUGGCGCUAUGGGAAGUGGGUAGAGGUUGUCAUUGAUGACUACCUGCCGACAGUCAGCGGUGAACUGGUAUUUGCUCACAACAUGGAAGAACCGAAUGAGUUCUGGGCUCCUCUGAUGGAGAAAGCCUACGCAAAGGUUCAUGGCUCCUACGAGAGCCUCGAAGGCGGAUUCAUGCCAGAGGCUUUGGUCGACUUUACUGGUGGCAUCUCAGAGACCUACGUGCUGGACGACACAGCCCCGAAAAACCUGUAUGACAUCUUGUACAAGGCUGUCAGAACCAAUUGCAUGAUGGGCUCAAACAUUGAGGCUGAUCAACUUGCGAGAGAAGCGAGUCUUUCGAAUGGCCUCUACAAUGGUCAUGCCUACAGUAUAACGGCUGUUGCAGAGCUGAAGACAUCGGAUGGGAGACGCCACAAGCUUGUUCGGCUGAGAAAUCCGUGGGGUUGGAAGGAGUGGAACGGGGACUGGUCAGACCGUUCUAGCUUGUGGAAGAAGGUUGACCGAAGUCAGAGGGACGAUGUUGACUUCACCAAACUGGAUGAUGGAGAGUUCUGGAUGUCCUUUGAUGACUGGUUUCAAAACUUCCAAUACAUGGACAUGUGUUACCUGUCUCCGGAGGAGCUAACGGAUCCGCUCGCUCUCGAUGAGGAUAAAACGAAAUGGAAGACGAUCCGCUACGAGGGUCGAUGGGAACGUGAUGUCAGCGCAGGUGGCAGCGGAAAUCCUCCUCAUCAAGCCCUUUAUUGGAAGAAUCCUCAGUUUAAAGUGAACCUUACCGACAAGAACCAGGACUCUAACGGAGAUUGUACUAUGGUUGUGUCAUUACUGGAGUUGGGGAGCAGGAAGAUUAAAGAUAUUCAAAUUGGUAUCAAGAUAUACAGGAAAGGCCGCAACCUCCGCCGAGGCCGCAAUGGAGAAAGACGCGACCUUCGCCUCAAGGUCGACUCCGGCCAUUCAAACAUGAGAGAGGUCACGGCGCGCUUCACCGGGAAACCAGGCAACUACGUCAUCAUGCCUAGUACCUUCAAACCCAACCAAGAGGCAUCCUUUCUGUUGAGAAUAUUCACUGAAUUAUAUCAUUAAAAUAUGGCGGUGUUUAUCGUACAAUUGAAUCUGGAGUUAGAACUUCAACUCAAUCCCGUAUGUCCUCCCUCGCAGAGCAGAUUGAAUAUGUCGUCAUGAUGAUCGUCCAGUCUUGGGUAUCGAAUACUCUUCUGUGCCGGCUAAUCAAAGCAUCACACCUCAGACUCAUGACCAUCUCCUUUCAAAUGACAAUAUUUCGACCAUUCUCCACUGCAAACAUGAUAUCCAAGCAUAUUCUACUAGUAUAGACCGCCUCAUCACACUACAGUAGCACCUCUCCAUUAGGACAUCCUUGGGACUGACACGUGCAAUCUCCUUGCCCAUUGGUAACGGUUGCUAAGUGUAGCUUGGUUCCCUAUUGGUCUCUUCCGCAGCAAAUGACAGCUAAGUCCUCUCAUUGGUUGAUUGUGACAAGUGCUGUCAUUCAUAAGAGAGGUCAAAUUGAAUGGAAGCAACCAAUUUGAGACCAAGAGAGGUAUCCUUCUAGGGAAGUUACACUGUAUAUGCUAUAACUGCGAGGAAUAUAUGAGAAUAUGAGAAUGUAUCAGAACUCGCAAUGCCGCCAUUUCAAAUUUCCUGAUCCGAAGUCUUUAUUUUCGAUUCAACUUUCAUAUAGUCGUCGAUUCAAAAUAUUUUUAAAAGUACCAAACAUUAAUCACCCACGCAAAAUUAAUCAAUUCCUUAGACAUGUAAUUACAACCGAGUCGAAUAUGAAUUAUUAAAACUGUACUCAAUAAAAUAAUUGAUUUGAAAGCUAAAA